GGAUGGUCCCAAGCCGGGCACCCGCCGCGAGCAGGAAUCUCCCGGGCGGCCGCUGGCUGCUAACAGGACGACGGCUUUCGUAGACUUCCCUAGCAGAAUACAGAAUUCAGAAAUAGUCUAUCUUGAAGGAAAUGAAGCAAAAUAGCUUCAAAACAAACGUCAACAGCAUGAAAUCAGGCAGCACCAAGGCCAGGGAGUUAAUGUGUGAAGUGGCUAUGGCACCAGGCUGGCGCGCUGCGUGUCCUCAUACACAGAAAUGCACAAACUUCAGGCCCCACUCUUCACCCUGCCGAGUCUGUUCAAGAAACCGUCUCCAGAAUGCGCUCCGGCCGUCUUCCACCACAGCUGUUGCAAAUCCAAUACUGUCCUUCUUAGAGGUUAAACGGAUUUUAUUUAAAAAAAUUACCGAUAAAGGAGAUGAGUUGAUAAAAGCCUUUCAGCUGCUCGAUACCAGUCACAACAUGACGGUGUCCAAGAGUGAACUGAGGAGAGUCAUCACCACCUUCCUGCUGCCUCUCACGCGAGAGCAGUUUCAAGACGUGCUGGCCCAGGUCCCCCUCACCAGCUCUGGAGCUGUCCUGUACCUUCAGUUCCUGUCCAGGUUUGGAGGAAUGGACCUGAACAUAAAUGUAAUAAAGCGAGGCUCUGGAAACGAGACGAAUGGCUGUCUGAAUGGCUGUCGGACGCUGAAAGAACUCGAAAAGCAACUAGGAGAGAAGAUUUUAAAAAACAUCAAAGCUGUUAUCAACGCCCUGAAGCUCCUCGAUGUGAACAAGACGGGCCGGGUCCAGCCGCUCGAGCUGCGGAGGCUCCUGGAGACCUUCUGUCUGAAGAUGAGAGAGGACGAGUACGGGAGGUUUGCAGAACAUUACAGCAUCGAUAAGGAUUCCGCGGUGGACUAUAAUGCCUUUUUGAAGCACCUCAGUAUAAAUAAUAACUUAAACCUCAGGUAUUAUAUGGGAAAUCAAGAGGUCUCAUGGGAGAAACAAGAAGUCAGAAAUGCUGCGAGGGACUACCUCCCCACUUCCAGUUCAUCUGAAAAUGCCUGGGGCGACUACUCCUUGGAUGAAAUCGGGAGGACCUUCUGCCAGGAGCUUUCCAAGUGCCACGAAAAGGUGGAGAAAGCCCUGAGUGCCGGGGACCCCUCCAAAUGUGGGUACAUCUCCUUGACUUACCUCAAGAUCGUCCUCGACGCCUUUGUGUACCGGUUGCCGAGGAGGGUUUUUAUCCGGUUAAUGAAAAGAUUUGGACUUAAACCCACCAGUAAGAUCAACUGGAAGCAGUUUCUAGCAUUGCUGGGCAAUCCUCAGAGGAUGGAGGUUAACAACAUGGCUCCCCUGACCGUAAAAAACAGCACCAACUCUAGAAAUCAGUACUGCCAGGAAAACAUUAUCACCAAGCUAUUCAGGCACGAAGACCUCUAUACAGCGUUGAGGAGAGCCCUGCUGGCCAUCAGCGUGAAACUGGAUGGACAGAUAAAAGGGGAAGAAUUACGACACAUCAUCAAUCGCACGGUCGUGGAAAUAAGUGAUCCGGAGUUCAGAGAACUCAUGCAGACGCUCGACCCCAGGGGCUCGGGGCUGGUCAGCAUCAGCUCCCUCAUCGACCUGCUGGAGGAGAGCCGUGCUCAGGUCAGAAAGCGGUCCUCCUGUACAAGCGCCAAGAUGGCUUUCCCGCUGGCUUGGGAUUCGGUGGAGGAGAUGGUGUGCGAUGCCAUCAGCAGGAACCUCCUGGCCUUCCACAACAUGCUGCAGUCCUAUGACCUGGGGGACUCGGGGCUCAUCAGCGCCCCCAGCUUCAAGAAGGUGAUGCACAUAUUCUGCCCGUGUCUGACGACGGAGCAUCUAACCAAGCUCUGCGGCAAGUUUCAGGACGCCGCCUCGGGGAGAGUCCUGUACAAGAGCCUCCUGGCCAGCAUGGGGGUGCACAGCCCGCCCGCCGCCCCGCCCGCCUGCUCCCCGAGGGGCCGGCUGGCGCAGGAGCACCUUCGGCAGGAGGAGCAGCAGGCGAAUGGCGCGGCGAGAGCCAAGCCCAUGGGGGACAAGAGCGCCUUGACCAAGGUGACCAAGGACGAAGCUAUUGAAAAACUCAGACACUGGAUCCAGCAGCAGGACCCGGCCUUCAAGAACCGAUUUCUCUGCUUCGGCAAGGACCUCGAUGGGCGGAUUAGCGUGCGCAGCUUCAGGAAGAUGCUGGAAGACAGCGGGCUGCCCAUGGACGACCGUCAGUUUGCUCAGCUGACUGCAAGCAUAGGCUAUAAGGAAGAAGGGAUGAGCUACCUGGACUUGGCAGCAGGAUUUGAAGGUGCUAGAACGAAUGGACCACAAGUGACGCCACCUCAGGCCCAGGUUCUUCCGAAAAACAACCUGGCCAGGCAUUUCGUGACUGCUGAGGAGUGCCUGAAGCUCCUGCCCCAGAGACUGAAGGAAUCCUUCAAGGACCUCUACGCGGCCUUCUUCAAGAUGGACACGGACCGGGACGGCAUCCUCAGCAUGCAGGACAUACACAGGCUGCUGGAGCGGCUCCUCUUCAACCUCAAGGACAGCGAGUUCGAGCGCCUCCUUGGCCUCCUGGGCUUGAGGCUGAGUGUCACGUUGAAUUUUCGGGAAUUUCGAAACCUGUUUGAUACGACACUACCCCCAACAGACGACGCGCCUCAAAGACUCAUCAGAACGAAACAUAAGGUCGCGGAUUCAGAACUAGCCUGCGAACAGGCUCAUCAGUACCUUGUCACCAAAGCAAAGACCAGGUGGUCGGACUUGUCUAAGAAUUUCACAGAGACCGACAAUGCGGGCGCCGGCGUUCUCCGUCGGCGGGACUUGCGGAACGCGCUGUACGGCUUCGACAUCCCGCUCACGCCGCGCGAGUUUGAAAAGCUUUGGCUGCGCUAUGACGUUGAGGGGAAAGGGCACAUCACCUACCAGGAGUUCCUACACCAGUUGGGCAUAGAGUAUUCGGCAGACAUGCACCAGCCCUACACAGAGGAUCUCUCCAACUUUAUGGGCCACUUCUCGAAGCUGCAUCAGGAGCAAGAGACACUCCCGGCACAGCAGCAGAGCGCAGGGGCUCAGCAGCCAAGCAUGGGGACGGUGGUGCCAGCCAGGGACAAGCUUAAGGACUGUUACGAAGAGAUCAGGAAGGCGCUGGCCGAGCUGGACGAGGGCGGAAGGGGCUCCCUGUCGCUGUGGCAGGUGCAGGGCGCGCUGCAGGACUGCGGCUGUCCUCUCCAGGAGGGGGAGCUGACCGAGCUGCUGGGCAGUUGGGGGAUCAGCUGGCAAAACAAUUCCAUCAAUUACCACGACUUCUUGAGAGCAGUAGAGAAUAGCAAGCCUUUGAGACCCGAGCCAAAAGAGAAGGGCGGGCCGGUCAAUUUUGCGAAGCUGAAUCCAGAGGAGGUUCUGAAGAACAUCCAGAAAGUGGUCGCCUCCUCCAGUCCGGCUCUGUCCACGGCGUUUUCUGCCUUGGAUAAGGAGGACACUGGGUUUGUGAAGGCCUCGGACUUCGGGCAGGUUCUUAAGGAUUUCUGUUACAAACUAACCAACAACCAGUACCACUGUUUCCUGAGGCGACUGCGACUCCACCUGACCCCCGCUAUAAACUGGAAGUAUUUCCUCCAGAACUUCAGCUCCUUCCUGGAAGAGACUGCUGCCGAGUGGGCUGAGAAAAUGCCCAAAGCCUCGCCACCCAGGUCUCCCAAGGAGGUGGCCAAACAAGAGCUCCUGGCCCAGCUGCGCAAAGCGGUGGCUUCCCACUACCAGGCCAUCGCCCAGGACUUUGAGAACUUGGACACCGCGAAGACCAACACCGCCUCGCGGGACGAGUUCCGGGCCGUUUGCACGCGCCACGUCCAGGCUCUGACGGACGAGCAGUUCGACAGGCUCUGGGGCGCGAUGCCCGUCAACGCCAAGGGGAGGCUGAAGUACCUGGACUUCCUGAGCAGGUUUGGCUCAGACGCAGCGCCAACCCCGCCGGGCACCAGCGACCCUGCCAAGGCCCACAGAGGGAGCGACGUCCCCGCCGUCGUGGAGGGCGGCAGGCCCGUGGGAUCAUCCGGAGACCCGAAAACAGGGACAAUGCCCCGGAGCCAGCCCCAGACCGCCAGCAGCUCGGGCACCGUGCUGGGCUCCCAGCUGCUGCAGAACUGCGAGCCCAUCGAGAGCAAGCUGCGCAAGAGGAUCCAGGGCUGCUGGCGGGUGUUUCUGAGGGAGUGCAAGGAGCGCGACGUGCAGAAGCAGGGCGACAUCACCACAGCUGAGUUCCUGGCUCUGGUGGAGAAAUUCAACCUGGACCUCAGCAGGGAGGAGAGCCAGCAGCUCGCCGUGAAGUACGACCUCAAGGGCACGGGGAGGUUUGCUUACUGUGACUUCAUCCAGAGCUGCGUCCUGCUGCUGAAAGCCAAGGACACCUCGCUGCUGCAGAGAAUGAAGAUUCAGAAUGCCAACAAGAUGGAAGAAGCCGGUGCGGAGACAGCCUCCUUAUACUGGGCGCUGCUGCGCAUCCAGCCCAAGAUCCUGCACUGCUGGCGGCCCAUGCGCCGCACCUUCAAGUCCUACGACGAGGGCAGCACCGGGCUCGUGGACGUGGCUGAUUUCCGGAAGGUCCUGAGGCAGUACAGCAUCAACCUGUCGGAGGAGGAGUUCUUCCACAUCCUCGAGUACUACGACAAGACCCUCUCCUCGAGGGUCUCCUACAACGACUUCCUGCGGGCCUUCCUCCAGUAGGCGCCGCCCAGCACCCAGCGGGACGCACGGGGACCGCGGGGACCCCGGGGCCUCACCCCAAGACUGACAAGAUAACACAAUCCGGAGGUUCCGGGACCUUUCCAGACUGUCCCCGGGAACCAAGCCCAGCCCACCCCGAGCCUGCGACCUUCCCUGCGGGCAGCGGGCUCCGCACUGCCCUGCUCCAGCCUCUGGGGCAGCCCCUCCGGCGGCCUCGCCAUCGCCCGAGCCUCAGGACCCCACCCUCGUUAGUCUGAGCAAAUAAAAAUGUUCGUCUUUGCAGAAAUGAUUCCUGAGACUUUUAAAGAACCCCAAUGCUGAAAAACUUACACACUCGGGUUUCUGGAGGUUUUCGUCAUGAGAGCCUGCUGGGUGCCCCGGGGGGCCCUAAAGCUCCCCUCCCCCACCCAGGCCCCGAGGGCUUCCUGGUCCUGUUCAGACCUGGACCCUGCUGGAUGGUCCAUGUGGGGUCCACGCGGCUGCCUCCCUGCCCCAGGGCACGGGAGCCACCUGACCCAGAGUCCGUCAGGCCCUGCGGUGCCUCGGGGCUGAGCUGGAGGGUGACUGGGAGCGCCCCCCAGUGGCCUUUCAGGAGGGCCCCUUCCUUGGACAUGACGGGUCUUCACUGCAACCCCCUCCACCUGCUGUGACGCUGACGGACAGGAGACAGUUCGCUGCCUUCUGAGAGGUCCUGGGGAGCUGGGGAAAAGCAGGGAAGAGCUGUCCCUGAGCUGCGUGACCACAGGCUGUCAGGGAGGGGUGGGCGAGGAGCCCCCGUCACCCCACCCACCUCUACUGCCAACUCAGCCCCAGGCCACGCUGGCCCAGGCCACCGGGCUGAGA